AUGCCAUCCACCCUUUGCAGUAGAUGCAGAUUUCUAUACCUGAGCGCCGAGUCCCUAGCGAGAUACGGCUUCACUGAAGUUGGAUCAGAAACCAGCAGACCCCACCUGCAAUUCCCAGCCGGGCAACAUUCCAUUCCUAUCGAAUUCGACUGUCGUGAUGACCUCCCCGAGUUACCGGCUCUUAGGGCGUCAGGCGAGGCAGGAUGCUCAUUCUGCCCAGCGCUCCGGAGAUCGCUGCUGAAUGGCAUUAGCGAAAUUCGUCUGCGCAGCUGGUCCCCAGAAGAGCAUGAUCAAAAAUACUCCACAGUCAAGGUGGUCAAGGUUUCACUGAUGGCAGAAUUCAGAGCCUCGGACAAUGAGAGAAGUAAAUUCGCCGCAAUCAUAAUUGAAUGGGAUCUUCUCAGACCAGGACAGGAUCGAUAUGCGGGCGACAUGACUGGGCCUGAUGGUCUAAUUUAUUUCAAGCUAUGUGCACAUUCUGAUGACCCCCUUGCACGCUAUCUAGGCAUCGCAUAUCCCCAUCCCGAUCAAGAUAGGCUAUCCACUGAAAACACAAAGACAAUCCGAGACCAUUUGACUGAAUGCGACCAGCACCAUAAUCAUGCCUCCAGCGUUAUCCACCAUGGGGAGUCCAUAGCCGCCAGGUUGCCUCUCCGGCUUAUCGAAAUCACCCAAGGCCAGGAAGGGAAAAAGCUACGCUUAGUGGAAACCAAAGAUCUGAAUCGUCAUGGUUCAAACUGUCAAGAUGCCUCCAACGUCCCAAAGUAUGCUGCACUCAGCUACCGCUGGGGCUCCGACGAGUUCCUCGUCACAACCCCCAGCAACCUCCAAGCGCAUUACGAGGAUAUCCCACUAUCGCCAUUCUCAGCAGAUGACCCCACGGCGACUCUGCCGCCGGGUUUCAGAGACGUCGUUGACAUAUGCUGCGUAUUGGGCAUUUCCUAUUUGUGGAUUGACAGCCUCUGCAUCAUCCAGAAAGAAACAAGAACCAAAGAGCAGGGUCUUCUUGAGAUCCAACAGGACCAGUCCCGACGCGACUGGGCCUCGGAGUCGACCAAAAUGCACAGCAUCUACAUGUCAUCAUACCUGACAAUUUACUUGACUGCCACGGAUACGCCCCUUGAGAAAGUCUUUGAUCGACCUGUAUGUGACUCUGAAUGUCUGAAAUGUCUGAUUCCCAUUACAUACUCCAUCGACAACCACCCUGAAAUUCACGGCUCAUUCUUCAUCGAACCCUCAUCUUACACGGGCGAGCUGGAUCACCUUUUCUGGAACCCAUACCUAGCGGCCGAAGACGAACUGGACUCGUCAGUAUGGAAUACUCGCGGAUGGACCCUACAGGAACGACUCCUAUCACCACGAAAACUCUACAUCGGAGUAACUGAUAUGCUCGGUCUAGGUUUAUUUACCUGCCCCUCGCCAAAAGAUUAUGGGCGCGAUGUCGAGCUGGCAAAACGGCCCCGACGUCACAAGUCACUAGAUAAGCUAGAGAUCGGCGGAACAUCAUCUUCGACGGGCGCAGAAGGUCCCGACAAAGUAGAAUUAUACAAAGCCUGGUACAAAAUCGUGGAAGACUACACCUGUCGCGAUCUCACCGUCCCAAGCGACAAAUUACCAGCGGUUGCCGGCAUCGCGCGCACUCAUGCUUUGGCUUUGAACGAUGAGUACCUUGUCGGAUUAUGGGUCCAGGAUCUGGCCUCCGGACUUCUUUGGGCCACCCGUAACGCGAUGAGUCCUGGGAUGGAUCGGUGGUUCGGGGAAAGAGAACGUCGGCCAAUGAUCCCAACGGAACAUUAUCGCGCACCGACAUGGUCGUGGUGUGCCAAUGAUGGGGCGGUUGAGUUUCUUGCAAGUAAUCUCUAUAACCCGAGACCGGAAAUUGAGGUUCUCGGUCACGAUAUAAUCCCGCAGUACGCGGGAGACGGUUAUGGGCAACUGGCAGUCGACCAAGGGGACCGGGGAUAUGUGAAGCUCAGAGCGAAGAUUAGAGCGGCCCGGAUGGAGGCUCGCUUUCAGCCAUUACCAGAAGGCAUGCUGCGGGCUUUCCCUGGACUGAAUAACCGUGAUCCCGAGGAGGAAAAUAAGAAGUUUCAAUUGCGAUAUGUCCAUGUGGCCGACGGUACUAAAGAGAGUCAUAGUGAGACUAUAUUCCUGGAUCAUGCAGGGUGCUAUCUUGAGGAACAGGAAGUCUACCUGAUGAUCGUAUCGAGAGGUGAUGGGAAAGUAUGGUCGGAGCCUGUUCAGUACGAAGAUGGGGUCCAGUCUGCUGGGUUGGUGCUGCUGAAGUGUCCGAAUCAGACGAGGUUGCAGUUCAAACGGAUUGGCUUCUACGCACAUUUUUAUGAUUUUGGCCUCACCCCGGUCUUCGAUGAUUGUGAGCCGCAGACUAUCUAUCUGGUGUAA